CAAUAAACGACCAACGAUUUUGUGAAGCAGUGAGAUCAUAUUUUAGUAAGGGGAGCUUUAUAAACAUAUAUUGUGCAAUCUGUUUUGAGCUUUAGUUUGAUGGCAAACAGUUAAACAGAUUAAAAAUACCCACAAUCAAAAUGACGGGGCAGCUGACUGAAAAAUUCAUGGAUUAGCUCGAGUCCUUGAUUGGCACGGGACCCAAGAUCUUCACCCUUCUGUACAAAAUAACCAGGGACGAGUGUUCACCGACAGCCUUCCACCAGAAGUGUGACAACCAGGGACCCACUGUGACGGUGCUGUAAAACCAACAUGGCUCGGUGUAUGGUGGGUAUGGGAGUGCUAGUUGGCACAGCUUGGCAGCAAACAUUCAAGACGGAAAUGCGUUUCUGUUUCAACUGAAGUUUUCGGGGUCAGAAAAGUUCACGAAAUUUCCAGUAGUAAAUGCUGCGUAUGGAAUGGGUGGUAAUGCUGAUUUUGGACCGUUAUUUGGUGCGACCGCAGAUAUGUAUACAUGUACAUUUAAUGGAACCAUUAAUCCUGCCGAAGGAAUUUAUACACGAAAUGGAAAAAUGAAUAUUGGAACCUAUUUCAAUAACAAAGGUGUCACUUCUGAUCAGAUCAACAAAGGAUCAAUGGCGGUUACAGAGCUUGAGGUCUACCGAGUGACAGAUGGAGAAAGGGAAAUCAUUCCUUGGCGGAAAGCACCGGAAUGGAAAGAAAAGUUCAACCCAGCUCUGCCCAUUUCAUCGGAGACCCAUGGGUUUGUACAUCAACCUUCUUUCCCGAACAAGAUUCACUGUGUGGCUUUUGUUGUGGAUGCGUCCAGCAUUGAGGAAAUGCCACCUAAACACUUGGAGAAAAUGAUUAGCACUCAGGAAAUCCUGAAUUUUAUUGAUGUCGAUCAUUUUUAAGGAAGCUUGAUAAAUCAAAUGUAGAAAGAUAUGAAUAUCUAUUGUGAUAGCAAAAAUGUCUGUUAUUUAGUUUUUUUGGGGGGAAUGUAUAUAACAUAUAUUAUGAAUGAGUGUUAUAUGCAUUCAACAAAUAUUCAAAUCGCAUUGCGUUUAACCAUGUCUAUUUGUGUUAUUUGAUAUUACUUUCCAGGGAUUCCAAAAGUUGUUCUGCUUACCACGAUUGAUCUGGCAUGCAGGAAAGUAGCCGCUAGUGUUGAAAAUGUGUUUAAAAGUGGAAGCAUCCAAGAGGUGGUCAAGAAAGUAUCCACAUUAGUCGGCUUGCAGUUUAAUAACAUCCAUCUUCCCAGUAAAAAUAACGUUUCUGAGAUGGAAUUAGACGUGGACAUAAGCAUCCUGGCCCUGCUUGCUCUUAGGCAGUUUCUGUACCUGACAGAGGAUUACUUAGAGGGACUGCAAGGGAAGCUGAAAAGAGUAAGGUGUCGACUGUUAAUAAUCAAUCAUCGGAGAAAGUCAAUGGGAAGGAUUAGUUAUAUUAUUGUUUUCAUAAAUAUAUGUAUUUACAUCUGCAGUAUAUUCGGAUAUGCGUACACGGCAUAUAAAAAUAUCUCUGGCAGCCACAAAAUAAUCAAAUGAGUAAAUGUAUAAUAAACUUUUUAUAUGGAUUGGACUUUUAUUGAAUAUUUAAGGAAGAUUACUGAUAAACAAUAAUUAGGAUUAGAACUGAUAAACAUAUAUAAGGAUGAGAAGAGUGCAUUUAUUAACGGAAGAGUCAGAUAAAAUAGCUUUAAUAGGAACAACUUGAUGACAGAUGGUAAGAGGAUUACUAAAUGAGUUCUUCUUCUUUCUGGUUGUUUUAGUUUCUUUAAUUUGUUUAUGUUUUCAUCUGAGAAACGUUAACUAUGUUGUAUAUUUUUUCGUGGGUUUAGUGGUUUUGAGAUUUAAUUUAAAAUGCGAGAAAUGUGUGUCUAUUUAAAUUGGUUUUGAAUGAAGUUGUGUAUGUUCUUCACUUUGUUAUUAAACAAUAUUUGUAUUUGUUAACUGUUCACAGUAACGGUAUUACCAAGAUGUUAUUCAGUUAUACUUUAUUGCUAUUUGAUUGUUGAAAAUGCUGUGACUUCGUGUCGCUUCAUUAUAAUCGCUUUGUAUUACGUGGUGCACAUACAAAGAUAAACUAUAUGCGUUAGUGAGUUACAUGAUUUAUACAUUUGAAACGAACAAUUUGAUACUAUUAACAUGUACGAACAAUAAGUAAAAACAACACAAACUCUGUACAAUGUAAAAUGUUUGCUGCCACAUAUAGUAUGCUAAAUAAGAAAUAUGCUUUAUUUGUUAGAUUGAGUGUAAAUACAAAUUCUAAAGAGGGUUGUUGGUGGCUUAUAAAUUGUAAAGAAAUCUAUAAUUACGAAUACCAUUUAACGAUUAUAUCUGUAUGGAACUUACAACACAUACUUGUAAUUGUUAUUUUAUCUUAUGACAGACUAUAAGUGUUAUUCCAUGCAUAUCUGUUGAUACAGAACACGUUGUACAUUACUCUACAUGUAACAUCGAUUAUACACAAUACCGGUAGGUACACCAAUUGUGUUGGUGACAAACACUUUACUUUCCUCCCAAUUAUAGUUUAAGUUCAAGUUAAUUUUAAUUUAUCGGAAAUAACCAAUAUUACCGCAUGUGAUUAACGAGAACACAAUAUUCGUGUCCCUUUACAUACAAUAUUAUUCUAGAUGUAAGUUUCCUUAAAUGUUAAAAAUGGAAUCGUUCAAAUAGUUAAACUAGUCGCAAGAAAAAUACUAAACAACUAAAGUGAAGGCUGCCUGAAGAAAAUUUCCGGUAAUAUGGUUUGAGAGAUAAUCGGUGCAAUAUUGAUUUUAUGUGACGUAUAGCCCGUACCUUUAAUAAGAAAAGUGCUUAAUAGCAUUUUUAAAUUAUAGGGUGUGUUCAUUGACUUAAAAAACGCAUUCGAUACAGCCAUAAAUGAUGAAAUAUUUAUUAAAUUUGCUUAGCCUCAAAUAAUUGGAAAAUGGUAACGAUGCUAACUCUGCCUUUGUAGUCAAAUAUAUUCAACUUAAUUUUAGAGCAGGUUGUUUGUGGCGUAUGACAUCCAUAAUUAUGAAUACCAUAGCAUGAUUAAAUCUUGAUGGAACUAACAAUAAAUACGUGUUAUCGUACUAUUAUCUAAUGAAGACUAUACGUGUUAUUGUAUGCACAUGUGUGUUUAUCAUCCCAAAACCAAACACCACGCCGCUUGCUAUUUUUAAAGGCUGAUUGAUUGAUUGUAUCAUUUUAUGUCUAAACCGGUAAAGACUUAAAGGCUACACUCCACUAAAUGAUAGCUGUAGAAAACUGUAGUGAUAACUCUCCGAAGAUUCCUUAUCAAAAUUACAAUUUCUGUGUAUCUUAACGACCUCCAUGUUAGUCGAAUUACAAAUAAUGUUUCGAUCUAUUAUAUGUUAUAUAUAUACUAAAAUAAAGAAAUAAUAUUAAAUAAGAAACAAUAUCAUAUGUAAUGUAAUGUAUCUUUUUAUUGCAUUAUUACCCGCCUCGUUUAUACAUCUACGUACUUUAUUGCUCAUAGUGAAAAUGAUUAUCCUUUCUACCUUCUAUAUGUGUUGACGCUACUUGAAAUAUGUUAUCUAUAUUGAAUAAUCAAGAAAGAACAUGUAAUAAGACGCUAUUUGAAAUAUGUUAUAUAUAGUGUAUGUAUAUAAUCAAGAAAUACUAUGUUAUUAGAACCAUACCAUAUGUAAUAUAAUCCAUCAUUUUUACAUAAUAUUGCACGCCUCGU